AUGAAGAUUGCAGCCUUCAAUGUCAAGAAUCUUGGAGUGAGAAAACUCAACAAAGAUAUUGUACGGAAUAAUCUAAUCAAGAUUGUGUCUCGGUACAGUGUGGUGGUGUUACUGGAGGUGCGGGAUCCCAACGGCAGGGCAAUGAACAAAUUUCUCACAGAGCUCAACAGACACAGGAAAGUCAUCACAAACCACAUUAACAGGGGGAACAGAUCUCGUCCAUACGGGAUGGAGAUCGGUGGCCCAGUAGGAGGAAAUUCCUACAGGGAGCAGUUUGUCUUCUUCUACAGACAGGAUGAAAUGAGUGUGAUUGACCGUUACCAGUAUGAUGAAGAAAACGAAGACGUGCUUGCCAGAGAGCCCUUUAUUGUGCAGUUUCGCCGCCGUUCAGCCAGACUUGUGAAGAAGCUUGUUCUGAUUCCCGUCCACACCAAACCAAAGGAUGCUGAACAUGAGCUGCGUGCUCUUCAUAAUGUGGUCCAAGAUGCAAGAAAGAGAUGGGGCACUAACGCAAAGUCAAAUGAAUGCAUGAUUGUGACUGCACUUCCUGCCAACAGGAUUGUGGUGUUUGGAAAGAGGAUGAAUGACACAGUUGUUCCUGGCUCUGCAAAGCCUUUCGACUUCAAAAGAGCGUACCGCCUAAAUUAUGACACAACUCGAUCCGUCAGUGACCACUACCCCGUGGAGGUGGAGCUUCGGGACAAUUAA